AUGACAACUUCCAAAAAUCAGGCUAUCACGUAUAAGAACCCUGAAGUUCCUGAUGAUCAACGACCAGGCCGCAGUGUUCACUUGCCCUUUGGGUUUGGGCCAAUUCCCAAGGACUUGGCCAACAAGAAGAUUUUCUAUUUCGAUAUAGAUAAUUGUUUAUAUCGUCGAAGCACCCAGAUUUUUGAAAUGAUGCAAGUUAAAAUCCACGAAUACUUCAAACACAAUUUACAACUUAACGAUGAAGAUGCACAUAAUUUACAUAUGAAUUAUUAUAAGAUGUAUGGGUUAGCCUUGGAAGGAUUAGUGCGUAACCAUGAAAUUGAUGCCUUGGAUUACAAUUCGAAAGUCGAUGAUGCGUUGGACUUACAUGCAGUUUUACAUUAUGACCAGGAUUUGCGCGAUUGUUUGAUCAAGUUGAAGGAAACUCACAAGUUUGACUUUUUCUGGUUGGUUACAAACGCAUACAAGAACCAUGCCUUGCGAGUGGUUUCUUUCUUGGGAGUAGGUGAUUUGUUUGAUGGGUUAACAUAUUGUCAUUACUCCAAGUUCCCUAUUGUUUGCAAACCAAUGAAAGAAUACUACUACAAUUGUUUUGAAUUGACUCAGAUUGACUAUAAGGACCCUACCGUUAUGGCUAAACAGUAUUUUGUCGACGAUAGUGAAAUUAACGUCAAGGCUGCCUAUGAUUUGGGUAUGGGCCAUGUGUUUCAUUAUGUCGAAUUGGACAGCGAUUUGGUAAAGAUGAAGAACAAGCCCGAUUUUGCAAAGUAUUAUGGCACUGGUGACAAUUCUGACAAGUCCAAGAUUAAGAUCAUUAGACAUAUUAUUGAUUUACCCGAUGUUAUAGAGUAA